AGCCCUGUAGGAUAAAAUCCAGCCUCUGCUCUCUGCUCUCCCUCUUUCUCUCUGUCCCUCUCACACAUACAAACACAAGUGCUGCUCUAGCAAAGCUCAGACCUACACAAAAACACACAAACUCAUCAUCAUUCCUUUUCCACUUUUCUGGUGCUGUGGAACUUAACACUUUGACUUCAUGGAGGAUUACCACAAACCUGACCAGCAGACAGUGCAGGCGCUGAGGAACAUCGCCAACCGCCUCCGAAUCAACUCCAUCAAGGCAACGACUGCAGCUGGAAGUGGCCAUCCCACAUCAUGCUGCAGCGUAGCGGAGAUCAUGUCUGUCCUUUUCUUCCAUACCAUGAAGUACCGCCCCGAAGAUCCGAGAAAUUUCAACAACGACCGCUUCAUCCUUUCCAAGGGUCACGCUGCUCCUGCCUUGUACUCCAUGUGGGUUGAAACUGGUUUCCUAAAGGAGAGUGAUCUGCUCAGUUUGUGCCAGGUUGACUCGACCCUGGAGGGACACCCAACUCCGAGGCAACAAUUUGUCGACGUAGCCACUGGAUCACUGGGGCAGGGUCUUGGCGUGGCCUGUGGAAUGGCUUACACUGGGAAAUACUUUGAUAAGUCCAGUUACCGUGUGUACUGCCUGCUGGGGGAUGGUGAGAUGUCGGAGGGCUCUGUCUGGGAAGCCAUGUCGUUUGCCUCCUACUAUCAGCUUGACAACUUGGUGGCCAUCAUGGAUGUCAACCGCUUGGGCCAAAGUGACCCUGCACCCCUGCAGCAUCAUGUAGAGAAAUACCAGAAGCGCUGUGAGGCUUUCGGCUGGCACGCCAUUAUUGUGGAUGGUCACAGUGUUGAAGAGCUUUGCAAGGCUUUGAGCCAACCACGUCACCAACCCACUGCAAUUAUUGCUAAAACCAUCAAAGGCAAAGGGAUUCCAGCUGCAGAGGAUAAGCUGGGCUGGCAUGCCAAAGCUUUGCCUAAAGACAUGGCUGAGAUGGUUAUGAAGGAUCUGCAGAGUCGGAUUAUGAACACCAGCAAGCACCUUUACCCCCCGGCUCCCAUAGAGGACUCCCCUCCUGUUAGCCUGAGGAACAUCCGCAUGCCAAGUGCACCGAACUACAAGCCUGGAGAAAAAAUUGCCACUCGCAAGGCAUAUGGAGUGGCACUGGCCAAGUUGGGUCGCUACAACGAACGUGUUGUGGUCCUUGAUGGAGACACCAAUAAUCUCACCUGCUCUGAGAUCUUCAAGAAUGAACAUCCAAACCGCUUUGUUGAGUGCUACAUUGCUCAGCAGAACAUGGUCAGUGUUGCCAUGGGAUGCGCUGCCCGCGAGAGGAACGUUGUAUUUGCCAGCACCCUUGCCUCCUUUUUUACGCGUGCCUAUGAUCAGAUUCGCAUGGCAGUGAUUUCAGAAAGCAACAUCAACUUGUGUGGCUCCCACUGUGGUCUGUCCACUGGAGAGGAAGGCCCCUCUCUGAUGGCUCUGGAGGACAUGGCUAUGUUCAGGGCCCUGCCUAAUGCUACAAUCUUCUACCCCAGUGAUGGUGUCACCACAGAAAAGGCUGUGGAACUGGCUGCAACCACAAAGGGCAUUUGCUACAUUCGAACCAGCCGCCAAGACAAUGCCAUCAUCUACAAUAGCAAUGAAGAUUUCCAUGUUGGACAGGCAAAGGUGGUGUUCCAAGGCAAAGAGGAUCAAGUCACUGUGGUUGCAGCUGGAGUGAUUGUGCACGAAGCCAUUGCAGCUGCUGAGCAUCUCAAGAAAGAGAGGAUCUCUGUAAGAGUGAUUGAUCCCUUCACAAUCAAACCGCUGGACAUUAAAACCAUCAUCGACCAUGCACGCGUCACCAGGGGAAGGAUCCUCACCGUCGAAGACCAUUACUACGAAGGUGGUCUGGGGGAGGCAGUAUCCUCAGCAAUGGUCAACGAGUCUGGGUUUACUCUGCACCGCUUGGCUGUGUCCCACGUUCCCAGAAGUGGCAAACCUCAUGAGCUCCUGAAGAUCUAUGGGAUAGACCGUGAUGCCAUCGCACAGGCCAUCCGAAAGAUGCUCAGCAGCUCUGCUAAUGCCAAGUAAUUUCCUCUGUGCCCCACCCACCUUUCUGACUAAUCCCCUCCAGAUGGCGAUAGACAGUCAUGUAUGUUGUGGAAGCACAGAACCCAUUUUUAUCAUUAAACCAUUCACUUAAAAAAUGUA